UUUGGAUUAUGCAGCAAGCAAGCAAGCAACCGUCUUGAGCAAUAUCGCAAGCAAUAACAACAAAUGUGGCGUUUGGCGACAGUUCAUGUUAACUGUCGCACAGUCUUGAUUAUUUCGUAGUCUAGUGUAACGUGGAAGAGGACCGUGAGUGGCCUGGUCGGACUGAUUAAGGCUAGGCGUUGCGCUUCUCAUUUUCCCCGAACAGCUGAUGUUUGCUUUGGUGUUAUUCCCCAACGCGUUGACAGCUUUUGAUAAGGAGAGGAAGACCCACUGAACUAGAAUAUGAUGUGAACACACAGAGAAUCGUUAGCAUUGAUCUAGUGUGACGAGGGAUCUUCUGGACGACUGCACCAUGGCCCACUUCGACACGGAGUACCAGCGUCUGGAGACGUCAUAUAACGACUCCCCUCCCGGCGAGGAGAAUCUGCUUGUCCACGUUCCGGAGGGUACGAAACCACAAUGGCAUCAUAUAGAGAACCUGGACCUGUUCUUCCAGAGAAUCUACAAUAUGCACCAAAAGAAUGGAUUCACAUGUAUGCUGAUGGGAGAAAUAUUUGAGCUUGUGCAAUUGGUGUUUGUUGUGGCAUUCACUGUGUUCUUAGCCAAUUGUGUGGACUAUGACAUCCUGUUUGCGAACAAGUUUGUGAACCACACAGAUUCAGCAAAGGUCACGCUACCUGAUGCCUUUUUACCAGUAGAUGUGUGCAGCGCUCGAAUCCGUGACAAUGUGGCCGCCAUCUUCAUCCUGGUAAUUUCUGGAGUAUUCUGGAUCCACCGGCUCACCAAAUUUAUUUACAACAUCUGUUGCUAUUGGGAGAUCCGCUCCUUCUACAACAAUGCCCUCAAGAUGUCCAUGGCGGACCUCCCUUACUUUACCUGGCAGGAGGUGCAGGCGCGCAUCGUGGAGAUCCAGAAGGAGCACCAGAUCUGCAUCCACAAGAAGGAGCUGACCGAGCUGGACAUCUACCACCGCAUCCUGCGCUUCAAGAACUACAUGGUGGCGAUGGUCAACAAGUCACUGCUGCCCGUGCGCUUCCACCUGCCCAUGCUGGGCAAUUGGGUGUUCUACACGCGCGGCCUCAAGUACAACUUUGAGCUCAUCUUCUUCUGGGGCCCCGGCUCGCUCUUCGAAAACGAGUGGAGCCUGAAGACCGAGUAUAAGCGCGGUGGGAACCGCUUGGAGCUGGCCGACCGGCUGAGCUCGCGCAUCCUCUGGAUCGGCAUCGCCAACCUGCUGCUGUGUCCGGUCAUCCUGGUGUGGCAGAUCCUGUACGCCUUUUUUAGCUACACGGAGGUGAUCAAGCGCGAGCCGGGCAGCCUAGGCGCGCGCUGCUGGUCGCUGUACGGCCGCUGCUACCUGCGCCACUUCAACGAGCUGGACCACGAGCUAAUGUCGCGCCUCUGUAAAGGCUACAAGGCCUCGUCCAAGUACAUGAACUGCUUCAUGUCGCCACUGUUCACGGUGGUGGCCAAGAACGUGGCGUUCUUCGCCGGCUCUCUGCUGGCCGUGCUUAUCGCGCUCACCAUCUAUGACGAGGACGUACUGGCCGUCGAGCACGUGCUCAGCAGCAUCACCCUGCUGGGCGUCUGCGUCACCGUCUGCAGGUCUUUCAUUCCAGACAAGCACAUGGUGUUCUGCCCAGAGCAACUGCUGAAGGUGAUUCUUGCCCACAUCCACUACAUGCCAGACCACUGGCAGGGCAAUGCCCACCGCUACGAGACCCGCGACGAGUUCUCCCAGCUAUUCCAGUACAAGGCGGUGUUCAUCCUGGAGGAGCUGCUGAGUCCAGUCAUCACUCCAUUCAUCCUCAUCUUUUGCCUGCGCCGCAAGUCCCUGGAGAUCAUCGACUUCUUCCGAAACUUCACCGUGGAGGUGGUGGGAGUCGGAGACACCUGCUCUUUCGCCCAGAUGGACGUGCGCCAACACGGGCAUCCUGCGUGGAUGUCAGCGGGCAAGACAGAGGCGUCCAUCUACCAGCAGGCGGAGGACGGGAAGACUGAGCUGUCGCUCAUGCACUUCGCCAUCACCAACCCACACUGGCAGCCCCCGCGCGAGAGCACCCACUUCAUCAGCCAGCUCAAGGAGAAGGUGCACCGUGAAGCCACCGUCAGCCACCAGGGGGCAGUAGGCGACAGCCAUGCCUUCACCUCCAUCCACUCGCUCCAGUCAGAGGAGCCCCGCAGUCUCAUCGCUAACCUGCUGUCAGGGCCGCCUCCUCUCGCCUCCCUGCACCUGGGCCGAGACGGCUCAUUGGCCAAUCACGUGUCGGUCGGCCUUAGCGACGGGGGAGCACCGACACUGCGCUCGCUCUCGCCACUCAGCGGGAGCCUCCACAUGCGAGGCAGCUACCCGUCGUCCCGCCUGCCCCGCCCUGACCACCCCGCCGUGUCCGCCAGCCGCGCUAUGGCCGGGUCAGGUACUGAUGCUCGCACAGUCAGCUCUGGAAGCAGCGCUUGGGAGGGUCAGGUGACCAGUAUGGUCCUAUCAGAGUACGCCUCCACGGAGAUGAGCAUCCAUGCCCUCUAUAUGCAUGAGCUCCACAAGCAGCAGUCUCGCGGUGAGCUCUCCCGCCACACGUGGCACCGACAGGAAAGCGACGAGAGCAGCGAGAGUGUUAUCGACGAUGUCGAGGCCCCGCGCAACAUGCCACGCUCCAACACCUUCCCCUGCACUGCCACUCCACACCAGGAGGGGGCAGCACUGCAGAGCAGUGGUCAGAGGCGCUACGGGGGAACCACAGAUGCGUUGAGCGGAGCUAGCAGGAGCCAGCGGUCAGCUCGCGUGGCCAUGGGAGGCUGGGUAGAGGAGAUCCAGCCAGGUCGGCACCACGAACCAGUACCCGAGGAGGGUUCUGAGGAUGAACUACCACCACAGAUCCACAAGGUGACAUAACCUGUGGGCCAUCAUUGGUAUCUGAAGACA